AUGAAGACCCUCAAAUACCCAUGAACUGUGAUCUCAGUGGUUAAUAUAUUCUUUGCAGCGCACAUUUAAAUCCUGUAUACACUCAGCAUUAACAGGUGUGCCAAACCACUAUAUUUGCUAGUAGGCUAAGCCUGGAGGUGUGGAUCUGGAGUUAUUUGUAUUAUUCUAUAUGUUGUGUGUUUUAACACAAACGCUGGCUGUCUUUCGGCAGCUGUAGUGAUGAUUAUUAAUUAUAGUACCACCUGCUGCUGAUUCUGAUUAGGGUAGCCGAGCGUACUGGUGGUGUGGAGCCGCGUAGCGCAGGCUAUUGUACGCUGAGGGAGGAGAUUCGGAGUCUCCGUCGCUCAUUGGCGAGAGACAGCUAAGUGCAGUGCGAGGCUAGUGGACAUAGGUGCAGGGGGAAACUUGCCAUCAAAAAUCUCAGUAAGGGCGGCGGAUGAGUGAGGAUCGCAAAGCCUACCUUGUCCUCCAUUUUCAGGGCAAAGUAGUCUGGAUUUAUACGAUUAUUUUGGAAAUCAUUUGGUUCAAUGGAGGCCGCAGUUUUAAACCCACAGAUGAUGACGGAUGUCAACUGCAACAACACUUCCAUGAACGCAGAGCUGGAGGUGAAAAAGCUGCAAGAGCUUGUUAGGAAACUGGAAAUGCAGAACGAGCAGCUACGGACUCGGGCAAAUGCAGUUAACGGGCGAACAAGCCCUCAUAUCUUAUCGUCCUCUCCGCUUUGCUUACUCGGGAAUACCAUUGCUAGUAGUAGCUACUGUAUUCCGAGUCCGCCACCGACCCUGUCGUGCCCGGCAUCCUUAGGACUUUACAAUGAAGAGCCUUUCCCCUAUUUCCAACCACACAACCCCGACGACGUUGCUUCUGAUGCAGAUUGUGUGUCUGUGGACUGCAUGGAACCUACGUUUUUUGACGAUCUUGAGAUAUUGAACCUUGAUUCUCUGUUACCUUGCAAUCAGGAUUCAGAGGAAACCUGGUUGUAUGUCUCCCCUAAGACUUGUCUAUGGGUUGAGGGGAGCCUAACGCCGCUGCAGUGGUGCCGACAGGUUCUGGACAACCCCCGACCGGAAGUGGAGGCUGCCAAACGGUCCCUGUGCCACCGCCUUGACUCAGUCCACAGGUGGAGGGGCGUCUUCUCCUCUCCUGCCUCUCCUGCAUUCCCUCACAGUCGAGUAGCUGGAGUCUCCCCGCUCUGCACCUCCUCUCCCUGCUCCUCCAAGUCUUGUUCUACUCCUCCCCCUAGUGUGCCUGCCUCAGAGAGACAAGCCUCAUAUCUCCUCUCAUCCUCCCACCCCUCGCUCGUCCUGACCCCACCUGGGAAGGACUGCUCUCCUCUAGCUGAGAGAACUCCCACCUUCCUCUAUCACCAAGCCAAACGCAGCCGCAGUCUCCGACGAACCACCUUCAGUCCUCAGUCAUCUCUGGAUAGUGAGCUGAGCACCUCUGAACUGGAGGAAGACUCCAUUGCUCUGGGCUACAAACUGCAAGACCUAACAGAUGUCCAGGUGAUGGCAAGACUACAGGAAGAGAGUCUUCGUCAAGACUAUGCCACCACCACCUCGGCCUCUGCCAACCGACGCAGCGCCAGCUUCUCCUUCCAGUUUGGCCAACGAGCAGAGUCUCACUUAGAGGAGGAAGAGGAAGACGACGAUGACGAAGAGUACGGUCAGCUACCUCCUCCACAGCCCAGGCUCACGCGGCCGGGAACCUUGCAGCGCGGCAUACCCCACUCCCACACCUUCACCAGCAUCCGCGACUGGAGGAGGAGCACCUCCACGCCAUCCACCCCCUCCACACCUCAGUACCCUUCAGCCUUCUCCUACCAGCCCCAGCCCAGCCCUCUGCCCAGCUACUCCCCCGAGCAGCAGGGGCCCCGGCCCAGCUCAGUCGAGUUUGACAAUAAACUGCGGAGGAGUAUGCCCAACCUGGUUCGGACGCCCAGCAUGUCGAGUGUGCCACUUCCAGCCAGUCACAUGGGUUCUCCUGCCUCCAUCCGGAACAGCCAGAGUUUUGACUCCUCCAAUGGGUUGGCCAGACUCCAGUCUGCUAUCCCAUCACCUGGUCAGCUUCAGAACCGUGUUCAGAGUGUGGGGAACUUCUCUGCGUCGUCACGGCAACCCCUGAAGGCCACCGCUUAUGUCAGCCCCACAGUCAAGGGUCCCACUACCGUGACUACUUCAACCAGUUUACAGUCCUUGAACUGUAGCGGGAUCCCCCUUCCGGGCAAACCUGGCAGUAAUCAGGCAGCUGGACGGAGUGGCCUCCCUCGCCCUGCCUCCUUCAUAGGAACCAUCUCCACAUCUCGCAGCAAGAUCGCCCAACCUGUGCGCAGUUUACUGACGCCUCCAAAGAGCUUGUCAACCCUCAGUGCCCUGCGUGACGGCAGUUGGAAGGAUGGUUGUUACUAGAAAUGGGCAGACGUCAAAAAGGGCACUACUUGACUCAAGAAAGUGGCGAUCUGGUUACGUGCAACUGCCCUGCUGGUUGGGGUGGUAUGCCACAUGAAACAGUGAUCUUAGAAUGUGAACAGGAAUGACCGGAAAUUUCCAUGCUGUGGAGGGAACCCUAGAGUUGGGACUUAAAGUGCUUCCUUUUUAAGGGGUGUUUUUUUUUUUUUUUUGCAUUUAUGUAUUAUGCAAAAAAAAAUCAAUAAUAAAGGUAAUCCUAAAGUUCACCUUCCCCCAAUGUCACAUUUUCAUCAUUCAUAAAGCCCCCAGCUUUGCUAUUAUGCACUGACCACGGAUUUAGUUACUAAUAAUCAACUCACUACCCUGUAAAGCUUAUUUUUAAUCAAUCAUUUUUGAUGUGGUUUUCCUUGAAACAGGAACUCCAAACAUGCUGCUAAUCAUUAAUCUGCUGUUUCCCGUGAGUUGUUUUUAUACAACUAUGAGGUGUAGAUUUAAGAAAAGAAAAAGAAAUUGUGACAAUUGGACAAAAGUGUUUAAGGGAUUUAACUGUUCGAAUGUCUGUUCUAUUGAUAUUCUUUUGUAAUGGAAAACUUUAACCAAAUUUGACCAGCUUGAAAGUGUUUACAUACAGAUCAAAUUAAAAGUGACUGGAUGGCUAACACUGAUGCACCAUUUUCAAUGUUUUUAACCUCACAAAGACACGCGUACACUUAAUUUUCAAAUGAAAGAACACUGAGAUGAAAUAAUAAAUCUUUGUUAUGGUUGCACCUAUUGUUAAUGUAUGUAUGUAUGUCAAUGAAGUGUUUUGGUACUGCACUUUCACUGUUAAAUUAUUUGUUUCUAAAUAUCGUUUGUUUAGAAAAGACACUGUAUAGAAUUCCACAAUGAUAACAGAUGUAGCACUGAAUUAAACAGGUCCUAACAGGUUUCAAUUUUAAUGUGUCGAACAAGCAUAACUAAAAAUAAUAUUUGCAAUUGCACUUAAAAUACAGGUAGGGCCUAUUACUUUUUUGUUGUUGUCUUUUUGUUUUGUAUUUUUAAGCACUGUCAUUGAAACAAGUUUGUGUGUUUCAUUUCAAAUAAAAGCUUUUUAAACUUCCAGCAA